AGAGCGCUACCCUUCUUCCAAGCCUAGCACAAAGGAUUUAUCUGUUUUAGCUUGGUUCCUCCGCUCGCUCAGAAUCAAGCUCCUGCUUUCGGUGGUCAGAAACAAAACUCCCUCCCAAAAGCAGCUUCAGUCUGGCCGCAGGAGCCGGGUGUGCAUUUUAAACAAAGAAACACACACACCCGUCGUUGACUAAAGGAACUGAAUACCUAAGGCAGGUUGCGCAUUACGACCGCUUCUAACCACAGAUAUUGGAAGAUGCCCGCCAGGAGGCGGGGCAGCGCUUGAAAGUAACGAAUGCCGGCCUAACUUGCCCUGUACCAAGAUGGCCGCGCUACACGCGACGCUGGUUUCCGCCACAAAUGAUCGUCUAUCUCGCCCGCCCGCCCUUUUCCAAGAUGGCCACCCUGCAUGCGUUGCCAGUGUCUGCGUAUUGUUCCUGGAAUUGAGAGACGUAGAGGAAGGUGGACGGAGUAGGCUUUGAAGCAAGAAGCCCCGUUCUCCUCCUCCGAGCAGGGAGCGGCGCGGCUAAAGUAAGGCGGGAAAAAGCCCCAGAGGGGCGAGGAAGCUGUGAAUUCCAUUACAAGAUUGGUUCUAAGUUACCAAAACGACCUGUCUCCACAUAUACAGAAAUGGGUGGAAUUGUUUCCAGAUGGCGGCAGGCAAAGUCUUCCACAAUAGAAGUGCUGGAAAAAAUUGAUAAGGAUAUUCAGGCACUUGAAGAAUUUAGAGAGAAAAACCAGAGGCAGCAGAAGCUAUGGGUUGGAAGGUUUCUCCUCUAUUCAUCUGUUCUCUACCUUAUUAGCUGUCUAAUUAUCUAUUUGUGGUAUCUGCCUGAUGAGUGGACAGCAAGAUUUGUCAUGACACUUCCACUUUUUGCAUUUCCACUGAUAGUUUGGUUCCUAAGAACACUCCUCAUUUUCUUCUUUUCUAAAAGAACAGAAAGAAACAAUGAAGCUUUAGAAGAUCUAAAAUCCCAGAAGAAAAAAAUACUUGAAGAAGUAAUGGAAAAAGAAACUUACAAGGCUGCUAAACUAAUCCUUGAAAGGUUUGAUUCGGAAGCCAAGAAGGCAAAGGAUGUUGAACCGCCAUCUGCUGGAGCAUCUGCAGUUCCAAGACCCGGCCAAGAACUUCGUCAUCGGACGCCAGUGCGAGGGAAUGUGUCACCCCCUCCCCCUGUUACACCAAAACAGGGAUCUCCAAAAGGACCAAGUCCAGUGCCUCCAACUCCUCGCUUGCCGAGAGAAAUUUCAGCACCUGGUGGACCUCCUGAGAGAACUCUUACAUCAGCCUUGCAGCCAAAUGUGUUACCAAGACAUCCUGGAUCCCGUGCCACUUCAGUGCCUGGAAUGGGUCUUCAUCCUCCAGGACCUCCGUUGGCAAGACCUAUUCUUCCUCGAGAGAGGGGAGUGUUGGAUAGAGUUGUUGAAUACUUAGUUGGAGAUGGUCCACAGAACAGAUACGCACUUAUAUGCCAGCAGUGUUUCUCACAUAAUGGAAUGGCUUUGAGGGAGGAAUUUGAAUAUAUUGCGUUUAGAUGUGCCUACUGCUUUUUCCUGAAUCCUGCAAGAAAAACGAGGCCACAAGCUCCACAACUUCCAGAUUUCAGUGCUGAAAAGAAGCAGCCCACAGAGAUGCAGAGCAUGACUGACUCUUUGCAGGUGGGGGAGGAAAAGCUAGAAGAGCAUCAAAUAGCUGAAGAACCUUUAGAAGAAGCUACCCAACCUACUGAGACAGAUCAGGAAGAUGACAAAGCUUUGACUAUUGAAGACCACUGUGAUGAAUUAGUUGGAGCGCCUGAUAGAGAGCAACCAGCAAGUGAAGCCAAAACUGCAACUACAGACUCCGAGUCUGCUGUCCCAGCUGACCAAAAACAAAAACCUCUAGCACAAGACUAAAGUGCCUAAUUAUUUUUAGCUAUAUUCUUUCAGCUGUUACUUUUCAGAUGGAUCGCUUUCAAAAGCUGAUUACAUCUUCACUCUCAUGAGCUCAGACUGCCACUCCACUUUAUGUUGAAGCUAUGUGUACUAUGAGUACUUUGUUGCAAGAGUGUAUGUGUUUGAUGAGCUAAAGCACUUCAGGAUGUACAAGUUAUGAAGUCUAACCCAAGCACAGACAUCCUUACUUUUUUUAUUUUGCAAAGACAACGUAAAAAUGCCUAAUGGAGUAUUUUACAUACAAGUGAUCUAAAAUACAGUAUUACAAGAGUGCUGUAAAUAACUAAAACAAUGUGUAAUUAAUUGUUGGUUUAGUAAACGUGGGUGGUGGGUUAUAUUUAGAUACUGAAUAAAGUUUGAAUAUCUAGAUGUUUACAGGAGAAAUGGUGCUUAGGUAUCUAUCAUAAGCAGUGUGAAAGUGUCAUUGCAAUUAAAACUUAAUCACUCCUAAUCCCUUUUUUCCCAUCUGAGAGAAUGCAAUUUUUGAAGGGGUCACUUCAAAGUAUAUCUCCUUUUUUGGCUAUAUGCAUAUAACAGAUGGGCUAACAGCGUGUGAAAUAGAAAGCUAGUUUGUGUUUACAUAAAGCGUAGGAGUAUCUGCACUUGAUUGUACUUGAAUACUGAGCAUUACUUAUACUUGUACAAUAAUGACAAUAUAGGUGAAUUUUGUGUAUUUUGUUAAAGGGAAAUAAAAGACUAUGUAGCAUUAUGUA